UUUGAGGCAAUAAGCAGUUUCUGGGUCUGGGUCUGGUCCAUGCAUGUCCCUGGUGACAUGGCGGCUUACGUAGAUCCACUGGUUUUAGGGCGAGUGAUCGGGGAUGUGGUGGACAUGUUCGUUCCCAGCGUCGUAAUGGAUGCGUUCUUCGGUUCCAUGCAUGUCACUAAUGGCUGUCAUAUCCGCCCUUCCGUCUCCGCUAAUCCGCCCCACGUCACCAUCUCCGGCCGCUGUCGUCAACUCUACACUCUGGUAAUGACGGAUCCUGAUGCGCCGAGCCCUAGUGAACCGUCCAUGCGUGAGUGGGUGCACUGGAUUGUCGUGAAUAUUCCGGGUGGUACUGCUGCUACUGAAGGGAAAGAAGUGGUGGCGUAUAUGGGGCCGCGGCCGCCUGUGGACAUCCACAGGUACAUCUUAGUGCUCUUCCAACAGAAGGCGGUGCUGACGGACGGAGAGGUGGAGGCGCCGCCGUUGAGGGCCAACUUUAACACGCGCGCCUUCGCUCAGCAGCUCGACCUUGGCCUGCCGGUUGCCACCGUCUACUUCAACUCCCAGAAGGAGCCAGCUGCCCCCAACAGAAGGCGUUAAACUACUACUUGUAAUAUAUAUAUAUAUAUAUAUACAGGACUGAUCGAUAUAUUGUCAGCAUUUUAAUUAUUUCUAUAAUUUUGUACUAGUUCUAGCAAAUAUCAAUGUUCUAGUCGCCAGCUAUGGUUUGAGGUUUAUAUAUAUAUUAAGGUUCUCGUAU